GCUAGAGACCGCUGGGUCUCGGCCCGCACCUGGAGCGGAGCAAGUAAGCGUUCCUGGGGUCUGGGACCUGCCGCUAUGGGGGACAUGAAGACCCCUGAUUUCGACGACCUCCUUGCUGCUUUCGACAUCCCUGACAUUGACGCAAAUGAAGCCAUCCACUCUGGGCCAGAAGAAAAUGAAGGGCCGGGAGGCCCAGGGAAGCCAGAACCCCCUGUGGGAGCUGAAUCUGGAGACCCAGCAGCAGCUUCUGCCGGGGAUGGGGCUCCAGCCCAGACCUCCGACCACGGCCUGGUACCACCAGACAUUUCUACAGUCAGUGUCAUUGUCAAGAACACUGUGUGUCCUGAGCAGUCUGAGGCCCUGGCUGGGGCUUCCGGAGGGGAAGGGGCCCGGGCUGCAGGGGUGACUAAGGAAGGCCCCGGGGGGCCUCAUCUGAUGCAGAACGGUUUUGGGGGCCCUGAGCCACCCCUCCCUGGAACCCCCCGCUCUCCAGCUCCUCCCAGUGGGGGUACCUGGAAAGAAAAAGCCAUUGAAGGCAAAGCUCCCUUGGACCUCUUUGCUCAUUUUGGCCCCGAGCCAGGCGAUCACCCGGACCCCCUGCCUCCCUCUGCACCCUCCCCGCCUCGGGAGGGGGCCAUGACUCCACCGCCUUUCCCUCCGCCCUUUGAGCUGGCCCGGGAGAAUGGCCCAGGCCUGCUGCCACCUGGUUCUUCCCCACCACUCGGGGCCUUGAAGCAGGGCGGCUGCAGCCCCCAUCAUCCCCAGGGCCUGGCCCGACGAGGCUCAGGGUCCAGCCCCGAGGCCACAGGCAUCCCUGCCAGGUCCUCCCCUCCCCAGGUUGCCGGAGUGCCCUUCUUCAAGCAGUCUCCAGGGCACCAGAGCCCUCUUGCCUCCCCCAAAGUGCCCGGCUGUCAGCCCCUGAAGGAGGAAGACGACGAGGGGCCGGUGGACAAGUCUUCCCCGGGAAGUCCCCAGAGUCCCUCUAGUGGGGCUGAGGCUGCAGAUGAGGACAGCAAUGACUCGCCUGCCUCCUCCAGCUCCUCUAGGCCUCUCAAGGUGCGGAUCAAGACCAUUAAAACGUCCUGUGGGAGUAUCACAAGGACCGUGACCCGGGUCCCCUCAGACCCUGAUCCCCCUGCCCCCUUGGCGGAGGGGGCCUUCCUGGCUGAGGCUAGUCUCCUGAAGCUGUCCCCUGCAGCACCGACCCCUGAGGGUCCCAAGGUGGUGAGUGUGCAGCUGGGCGAUGGGACGAGGCUGAAGGGCACCGUGCUGCCCGUGGCCACCAUCCAGAAUGCCAGUACUGCCAUGCUGAUGGCAGCCAGUGUGGCCCGCAAAGCGGUGGUUCUGCCCGGGGGACCGGCCACCAGCCCUAAGAUGAUUGCUAAGAAUGUGCUGGGCUUGGUGCCCCAAGCCCUGCCCAAGACUGAGGGGCGGGCCGGGCUGGGGACGGGGGGACAGAAGGUGAAUGGUGCCUCGGUGGUGAUGGUGCAGCCUUCAAAGACGGCCACUGGGCCAGGCACAGGGGGUGGCACGGUGAUCUCACGGACCCAGUCCAGCCUGGUUGAGGCCUUCAACAAGAUCCUCAACAGCAAGAACCUUCUGCCUGCCUAUAGGCCAAACCUGAGUCCACCAGCAGAGGCCGGGCUGGCCCUGCCUCCAACGGGCUACCGCUGCCUGGAGUGCGGGGAUGCCUUCUCCUUGGAGAAGAGCCUGGCGCGGCACUACGACCGCCGGAGCAUGCGCAUCGAGGUCACCUGCAACCACUGCGCCCGCCGCCUGGUCUUCUUCAACAAGUGCAGCCUGCUCCUGCACGCACGCGAGCACAAGGACAAGGGGCUCGUCAUGCAGUGCUCGCAUUUGGUCAUGCGGCCUGUAGCCCUUGACCAGAUGGUGGGGCAGCCGGACAUCACGCCCCUGCUGCCUGUGGCUGUCCCCCCUCUCACUGGGCCGCUGGCCUUGCCUGUCUUGGGCAAAGGUGAGGGGGCUGUCACCUCUUCCACCAUUACUGCAGUUGCUGCUGAGGCCCCCGUCCUGCCGCUGUCCACAGAGCCGCCUGUUGCCCCCGCCACCUCUGCUUACACCUGCUUUCGCUGCCUGGAGUGCAAGGAGCAGUGCCGGGACAAGGCUGGCAUGGCGGCCCACUUCCAGCAGCUCGGGCCUCCUGCCCCUGGGGCCACCAGCAAUGUGUGCCCAAGCUGCCCCAUGAUGCUCCCCAACCGCUGCAGCUUCAGCGCCCACCAGCGCAUGCAUAAGAACCGACCCCCCCACGUCUGUCCUGAGUGUGGGGGCAACUUCCUGCAAGCCAACUUUCAGACCCAUCUCCGGGAGGCCUGUCUGCAUUUCUCUCGCCGUGUAGGAUACAGGUGCCCCAGCUGUUCAGUGGUGUUCGGAGGUGUGAAUUCCAUCAAGUCCCACAUCCAGACGUCACACUGCGAGGUUUUCCACAAGUGCCCCAUCUGCCCCAUGGCCUUCAAGUCUGGACCCAGCGCCCAAGCCCACCUCUACUCCCAGCAUCCCAGCUUCCACACACAGCAGGCCAAGCUUAUCUACAAGUGCGCCAUGUGCGACACAGUCUUCACCCACAAGCCCCUCCUCUCCUCACACUUCGACCAGCACCUGUUACCCCAACGCGUCAGUGUCUUUAAGUGCCCGUCUUGUCCUCUGCUUUUUGCCCAAAAAAGGACCAUGCUGGAACACCUCAAGAACACCCACCCGUCUGGGCGCUUGGGGGAGGAGACUGCUGGGAGAGGGGCCGGGGCUGCCCUUCUGACCCCCAAGACUGAGCCUGCGGAGCUGGCUGUGUCUCGGGGAGGGGCAGCCCCUGCUACGGAGGAGUCAUCUUCAUCUUCAGAGGGGGAGGAACCACCCAGCUCCCCUGAGCCCCCCCGCCCAGCCAAACGGCCCCGGCGGGAGCUAGGCAGCAAAGGCAUCAAGGGUGGGGGCGGGGGACCUGGAGGCUGGACCUGUGACCUUUGCCACUCUUGGUUCCCUGAGCGGGAUGAGUAUGUGGCUCACAUGAAGAAGGAGCACGGCAAGUCAGUGAAAAAGUUUCCCUGUCGCCUGUGUGAGCGCUCCUUCUGCUCGGCCCCCAGCCUGAGGCGCCACGUCAGGGUCAAUCACGAGGGAAUCAAGCGAGUUUACCCAUGCAGGUAUUGCAUAGAGGGAAAACGCACCUUCAGCAGCCGCCUGAUCCUGGAGAAACACAUCCAGGUCCGGCAUGGCUUGCAGCUUGGGACCCAGUCCGCUGACCAGGGGAGUGUCCUGGUUCAGGGUCCUGGUGCCAGAGCCCAGGGGCCGGGUCGGAAACGCCGCCAGUCUUCUGACUCUUGCAGUGAGGAGCCUGACAGCACAACACCGCCAGCCAAGUCCCCCAGGGGCAGACCUGGGUCUGGAGGCCACGGUCCCCUGCGCUACCGGAGCGGUGGCUCUGCCGAACAGAGCCUCAUGGGGGCACUGAGGGUGGAUGGAGGCGCCCAGCAGUGCCUCGACUGUGGUCUGUGCUUUGCCUCCCCGGGCUCCCUGAGCCGGCACCGCUUCAUCAGCCACAAGAAGAGACGCGGCGUGGGCAGAGCCAGUGCCCUGGGGCUGGGGGACGGGGAGGACGAGCCCCCGCCGCUGUCCAGAUCUGACCCCGAUGGUGGAGACUCGCCCUUGCCUGCUUCUGGAGGCCCGCUGACCUGUAAGGUCUGUGGCAAGAGCUGCGACAGCCCUCUCAACCUCAAGACCCACUUCCGCACGCAUGGCAUGGCGUUCAUCAGGGCUCGGCAGGGGGGCAUUGGGGACAGCUAGGCCCCCAGCCUGGGACUGAGCAGCCCCCCUUCCCCAGGAGCCUGGUUUUCCCUGCUGCCUGGUCCCUGGGCUGGGGAGUUCCAUUAACAUUCACAUUUCGUUCAGUUCCGCUCCCCAACCCAAAGAAAAAAAGCUUUUGAGGAUUAUAGUUACUUGCAGCCUCCCUUCAGGUUUGGCCCUGGGGUCCUAGUAGCGUGGAUCUUCCUCCUUCCUCCUUCCUCUUCUGAGCCCAACACUAAUCAUGCUCCUGCUGCAGAACCCAGUGUGGGACUGGGGGUGGGAUGGGACUGUCGGAUGCCGGCUGGCCUGGCACAGGGAAGACUGAUGGCGGGUGCCACGGACACACCCUCCACAGUCCCUCGGCACAGACUGGAAUCCUCUUCCUCUGGGCCGGGCCUGCCCUGGCACCCCCCACCCUGACUCCCUGGCACUCAAGCCCCACCCCUGCAGUGCCUUUCACUUCUUCUUUUCCCCAGAAGUCCAGGGAGGGUUGGGGGGAUGAGUCCUGUCAGGGGAGGUGCAGGGACAGGAGGGGACAGGCUCUCAGGAAUCCUUUAUUCUUGUAGUAAUAAUAAUACUAACGGGGGAAAAAGGAGGGAGAAAACCAGACCAUUAAAUCUGCUCAUGGUUUAACCCCCA